UCCAGUUUUCUUUGUUCCAUUCCGGAGAUUGGGUUCAAAUAAGAUGGGAAGAUUGGUGAAGCUCGUUUUAGGGCUUUGGACUAAAAAUUCAACUGGAGAUUGGUCGUUUGAGGUAACGUCUUGUUAUCACGGUGAAACCAUCAUAAUCAACAACAACGAAACCUUUGAUAGUCUGGUCGAGUUGAUUCGUAUAAGGUUAAAUCUCGGGAUACUAACUCCCGUUGCCUUGACUUAUCAACUCACUGACUGGAUGCUUGUCCCUGAUGGUACAAAAACGCUGCCGAUCACCUUAUCAUGUGACAAGGAUGUUGAGAUUCUGACAAGUGUAAGAGACUACAUGUCUGAGGCGGUGCUCUAUGUAACUAGUGGACCUGAACUAGUUGCAAAGUACGAGUUCUUGCUUCGAUCGCCUUUCACUAUAGGUGAUACAACUUACCUUGAAGAGGGCGUAUCAGAAGCCCAACAUCGCCAAGCAAUUCUUGAUUUGGUUGGAGGCCAUCCGAUCGUUUGUAGCAAACACAUAUUGGAAAUAAUGUUCAAUGAGCCACAACUCCUCAUUGUAUUUCAUGUUGCUCUUGAUAUAGAAAUGGUACAUGGUCUGCCUAAUGACGAUGUCCAAGCACAAAACGCAACAGAGUUUCCACGGUUAACCGUCGACGAUGUUAUAUCUAUGGCAGAAGCCGGUACCAUUUCACCGGAAGAAGAGUUCUACUACGCUGAAAAUGAUGAAGUGCUAUAUGGUGAACCGAUGACUAUUGAGGAGUUGCAAUAUGCAAUCCCAAUUGGCCAACCAGCAUCUCUUCUGAACCAUUCAACCCCUCUAUAGAAGUGGAGCCGCUUAAUGUUUGGAGAGACAUGACGGAGGAAGAGGAAUACUGGGAUGGUAUUGCCGCUCAUGAAAAUGACUAUGAAGUGUACUAUGCACAUUCAACCCACCCGACUUAAGGCGUUAUUGAUUUGCCUCUUGCUCCAAAUCGAAGGAUCCCAGCCGAGAUCACUUGGCUUCCUAUGGAAAGUCCAAUGUCCAUCGUCGGCACGACGCCAUGCACCGUGAUAUAAAGUUACACUAAUGGAGUUGCCAUCUACAAAAUAGAAAGGAGGAAUUAGAAACCGAGUUUGGUAAAAGAUAUUAAACAAAAAAUUUAAACAA